AUGCCAACUGUGAAGGUGGAGCCAAAGGUAUGGUUCUCGACUGAACGAACAUUUAUCCAUUGGGCGAAGCUGUCGACAGUCUAUGCGGCAACCGCUGCUGUCAUGAUGGCUUCCUCUGCCUCGCCAGCAACAGAUCUUUGUGGCCUUGUGGUGGGUGUUGCAUCCUUAGUGCUGCUCUUCCACGCCUGCGUAAAACAGUGGAAGCGGAACCGAAUCUUCAAGUCGGGCGGCAAGCAGUACGUCCGAGUCGAGGAAUUCGCCGAUCGUUUUGGUGCAAUACUUUUGGCUUGCUCCUUGACCACUGCUGUCUUUGGUCUUGUCGCAAUCCCGGCUGGCCUUUGA